AUGACCAUGGAGAAGGGGAUGAGUUCAGGAGAAGGGCUGCCUUCCAGAUCAUCUCAGGUUUCGGCUGUUAAAGUAACAGCCAAAGAGCUGGAAACAAAGCAGUCCAAUAAAGAGAAACGAGGGGGCUUUGUGCUGGUGCAUGCAGGUGCAGGUUAUCAUUCUGAAUCCAAAGCCAAGGAAUAUAAACAUGUAUGCAAACGAGCUUGUCAAAAGGCAAUUGAAAAGCUACAGGCUGGUGGUCUUGCAACAGAUGCAGUGACUGCAGCUCUGGUGGAACUUGAGGAUUCUCCUUUUACAAAUGCAGGAAUGGGAUCAAAUCUCAAUCUUUUGGGUGAAAUUGAGUGUGAUGCCAGCAUAAUGGAUGGAAAAUCCUUAAAUUUUGGAGCAGUUGGAGCACUGAGUGGAAUCAAGAACCCAGUCUCAGUUGCAAACAGACUUUUGUGUGAAGGACAGAAGGGCAAGCUCUCAGCUGGCAGAAUUCCUCCCUGCUUUUUAGUUGGAGAAGGAGCCUACAGAUGGGCAGUAGAUCAUGGAAUACCCUCCUGCCCUCCUAACAUCAUGACUACAAGAUUCAGUUUAGCUGCAUUUAAAAGAAACAAGAGGAAACUAGAGCUGGCAGAAAGGGUGGAAACAGAUUUCAUUGAACUAAAGAAAAGAAGACAAUCAAGUGAAAAGGAAAAUGACUCAGGCACUUUGGACACAGUAGGUGCUGUGGUUGUGGAUCAAGAAGGUAACGUUGCUGCUGCUGUUUCCAGUGGAGGCUUGGCCUUGAAACAUCCAGGGAGAGUGGGACAGGCUGCUCUGUAUGGAUGUGGCUGCUGGGCUGAAAAUACUGGAGCUCAUAAUCCCUACUCCACAGCUGUGAGUACCUCAGGAUGUGGAGAGCAUCUUGUUCGCACCAUACUGGCUAGAGAAUGUUCACAUGCAUUGCAAGCUGAGGAUGCUCACCAAGCACUGUUGGAGACUAUGCAAAACAAGUUCAUCAGUUCACCUUUCCUUGCCAGUGAAGAUGGUGUGCUUGGGGGAGUGAUUGUCCUCCGGUCUUGCCGAUGCUCUGCAGAGCCUGACUCCUCACAAAAUAAGGAGCGACUUCUAGUGGAAUUUCUGUGGAGCCACACGACAGAGAGCAUGUGUGUUGGAUAUAUGUCAGCACAGGAUGGGAAAGCCAAGACCCACAUUUCAAGACUCCCUCCCGGUGCGGUGGCAGGACAGUCGGUUGCAAUCGAAGGUGGGGUUUGCCGCCUGGAGAGCCCAGUGAACUGA